AUGGACAGGGACAAAUUGAACCUUCGAUCUCGUUCUUCCAGAGCGAAUCCUGCGAGUGAAAAGAAGCGAGAAAGAACCGCUGACACGAAGAGCUGGAAGAUGCGCGAUUGUUUUGGUGACGAGGACCAUGUCAAUAGGUGUGGUGGUUGUGAAACAUCAACAGUGUCAACACCAUCUCGAGAGGCAUUAACCAUCUGGGGUCAUAUCGGACAGACGCCCGUAGGAGAAACAGACGAUGGAUCCAUGUCGUAA